AUGGCGUUCACACGUGGAUCUCAAACUCGAGCGUGUCUUGUGGGGCUAGCUUGGCUCUGGAUUGCGGCAAGCCUGGAUCUGCCACACCACGAAGUCGGCUUGGGGGGGGACGCCGCUGCAACUACCGUCGUUUGGCAAGGAGCUUUGCGCAGUGCCCCGGGAAAUGACUUCAGAAAUGCGGCGUCCUUGAAAUCUCGUGGGCCGAGUUUCUUGGGUGUCUGGGAUGAGAACGCGGAGCCACGUGAAGUGUCAUGGCUCGAGACAGGCGCAGUAGGUGAAGGCCCCUCUCCGCGGCCAGAGCGUUCCACCGAUAUUCUCGAUAGCAUUCGAAAACAACUUGGUUUAAACCGGCAAGAUUCACGCGCGGUACCCGAAGCUCAGUCGAAGUCUCUUUCCCCCUACGAACCGACGCUGCGGCAAGACUGGCAUCUUGUUCAGCAAAGGCGGUCCCUUGGAAGAAGCGCGCCAGAGAGAGAGUCCGCCUCUCGAAAGCCGCUGCCCGCCUCAGAGAUACCUUUAUCAGCUGGCGAAGUGCAGCAUCUCGGCAACAUCGCGGGGGCUGUGUUUUCACGACCAACGCGUAGUACUGAAGCCGACGUGCAUCUUCACAUCCUCGGCACCGCCGCCCCCGGUGCACCUCCAGCAUCUUUCGUAGCAAUACCGUCACACAGAGGGAGAAGCCGAUCCCAGAGUCCGCCGCGGCGAUCACCCAGUCCCGGCCCUGCUUCGCAGCAAACUGAUCCGGUGUGUUUCAAACCGCAGGAGCCGGGUGACGCCAUUAUUCGUUACGCACUGACGUCUUUGGCGACAGAGCUCGGCCGCCACAUGGUUGAGAUUUCACCGAACGCCCCCGCCAACAAAAUCGUUGACGAAAUCUGGAAAGAGAACGAGACGCUGACGUUGUCCUCGGAGAGGUCUGGGAAGGAAAGACAGCUUCUCAGGGGGCCUGUUCUUGGCGCCGGCAAGUACGGCAUUGUAUUUUCUGCCAGAGACGUGACGACGCAGGAAAAAGUCGUUAUCAAGCUCUUCUGGUACAGGUCCAACCCGAGCUCUGUGGAUCUGGAAGAAAUUCGAGAAGAAGCAGAGUCUUAUAAUAUGUUUGACAAAAUCAAGGAUCCACAGGCCGUUCAACUGUACCUGCGCUUCUUAGUUCCCUCGGAUAUGCUAGUGCUCCCUGGAAAAGGAGAAUUCCUCGCUAACGACUCGGAUUCAUCGCAGACGCCGAUCGCCAAUUUGUUCAUGGUGAUGCCCCAGGCUCAUUCUGAACUCACUUCGAUCAUAGAAGCCCUGGAAGAGGCGCAUGUUACAAACACUGAUCUUGCCUUGGAUAUUCGCCUGCAACUCACUUUGGCAUCCAUAAGGCUUGCAGCCAACUUGCAAAACCAAGGCGUCGUCCAUCACGAUAUAUAUACCAGGAACGUUCUCGUCAUGCAUGAUGGUCGCGUGCUGCUGGCGGAUUUCGGCAUGGCGACCAAGGCUGCUGAACGGCGAACCAGGGCGGCCGCCGCCCUAAGCCUUGAGCAGUGGCUGAGCCGACAAUACGCACAAGAUGCCUGCGACACUGGGCGCAUGCUGUAUAGAGUUUGGUGCAAGAGGUCAUUGUCGUAUGCAGACGAAAGCUCUCCACUGAGCUUCGAGGGUUGCUUCCGACUGCCUCAGCCUGUUGAGAAAUUGAUUGCAAGGCUUCUGGAGCCCUCCGUCGAUGAACGCCUGCUCGCUAUGGACGCCAUACGAACCCCGGAAUUCCAAGAGAUUGAACAAACAGUAUUGCAAAGGUCGCGCUUGUACGCGGCUAGGCGACAGCGCACAUUCUCAGCAUGA